AUGUCAGGCACCUCCACCCCCAACUCCCGGACCCGGUCCCCAACCUACCAGAUCACUGCCUUCGGCAUUCAAGACCUCCCGCCCAUGGACUUCCCUCCCCUUCCCCCUAUCACUGACCAAGGCCUAUACGAUGUCGUCACCACUCACUCGUCCAUGUGCCAAGGACCAAAGACUCCCAUGGACUUCGACCCGAAGACCAUGGUUGAAGAUUAUGAGAAGCUGGAGCAUGUAGGUGAUGGCAUACUCGGAGCGAUGAUCACCGUCCUCCUCCACGACCUCUUCCCGCUCCUCGGCGAGGGCCCAGCGACGACCGUCAAAGGCUGCCUAGUCAGCAACGCAACCCUAGCCCGAAUUUCGGACCGGUACGAGAUCCCUCAGAAGCUCCAAGCGCACCCGGCCGCUAUCCGGAUGACGCGCCAACAAGUCAAGACCAAAGCCUCGAUGUUUGAGGCCUGGAUCGCCGGAGUCUUCUACUCGGUCUUGAAUGGCGGGUCGGCCAACAAGCUUAUCGAGGAUAAGGGGUACGAGGCCGACCAGGAGGGCGAAACGGACGACGAAGACGACAAUGAAGGUCCGGGCACCGAAGCUCAAGAAGUCGACGAUACACAGCAGAAGGUCGAUGAGACACCGGCCGCGCUCGUCCCUGAAGUCUCGGUGUCGGACGCGCCGGCCGUCGAGGAGCCGGAGACAGUCAAAGAGCUGGACAUGUCAGCCGAGGUCAGCCUACUCAUGAGCGUCAUGUCAGUUGAGGCGAAAGCGAAGGGCCCCAGCGUCCAGGUAGACCUCCCCGUCGAGAAGAAGGAUCCGUCUCCUUCCGAGUCCACCAACCCGGCAGGUCCGAUCCCCGCUCCAGCAGCUCCGGCGCAAGCAAGUCCAGUCAUCGAAGAGCCCGACCAGGUCCGCGCUACAGUCACCGGAACCACCCUCACCAUCACCACCCUCCCCGACCUCCCUGCCGCUGCCGAUUCCCGGCUCAAGUAUCGUUGGCUCGCCAUGAUCGCGAUCGACGAAUGGCUGCGCCCCCUCUUCACUCCUAUCGCCCACUACGCUCUCGACCAGCUCCGCAUUGAGCAAGCCCGGCUCGCCCUGAUCCCCGUUGUCCCCACCGAGAAGCCCGCCCUCGCUCCGGAAAUCAUCAAGGAGAAUCUUUCCGCCUUGGGUGCAUCGCCGAUCCUCAACAGCUACGUCCAGCAUGCAAAGGCGGGGUCGGUCAAGUACGAGCAUGUCGAGGUGGAGGAGGGAUGGAAGGUGGUUUGUACGCUCACUCAGGGUGAUGGGAGCGCAGUGCUCGGGGAGGGCGUCAGGAGGAAUCAGAAGACCGCCAAGGCGCUAGCGGCUCACAGGGUCUGUCAGCAGCUCGGUAUCUGA